AUGGCCAGCCCAACUAGCUUCUCGAUUAACGUGAACGAUCCCAGCUUGAUCUCGCUGGUUAACAAAUUGCAAGAUGUCUUCUCGACAGUCGGGGUCCAAAACCCCAUUGAUUUGCCCCAGAUUGCUGUCGUUGGAUCGCAGUCUAGCGGAAAGAGUUCGGUUUUAGAAAACAUUGUCGGCAGAGACUUCCUUCCUCGUGGUUCAGGAAUUGUUACUCGGAGACCCCUCGUUCUGCAACUCAUCAACAAGCCCGCACAGUCGCAACCGAAUGGCAAAAGCGAAGCGUUGGAUACAACCGAUAAGGAGGCGAAUUUGGACGAAUACGGCGAGUUCCUGCACAUCCCCGGCCAGAAGUUCCACGAUUUCAAUAAGAUUCGCGAGGAGAUUGUGAGGGAAACCGAGUCCAAGGUCGGUCGCAAUGCCGGUAUCUCGCCUAUUCCUAUCAACUUGCGAAUCUACUCGCCGAAUGUCCUCACCCUCACGCUGGUCGAUUUGCCCGGUUUGACCAAGGUCCCUGUCGGUGACCAGCCGAAGGAUAUCGAGAAGCAGAUCAGGGAUAUGGUUUUGAAGUACAUCGGCAAGCCUAAUGCGAUUAUUCUUGCUGUGACUUCCGCCAACCAGGAUCUUGCCAACUCGGAUGGAUUAAAGCUUGCGCGCGAGGUAGACCCGGAAGGUCAGCGUACCAUUGGUGUCUUGACCAAGGUCGAUCUUAUGGACGAGGGAACGGAUGUUGUGGAUAUUCUUGCGGGCAGGAUUAUUCCAUUGCGUUUGGGUUAUGUGCCGGUCGUCAACCGUGGUCAGCGCGAUAUCGAGAACAAGCGGCCGAUUGCCUCCGCGCUGGAGAAUGAGAAAAACUUCUUCGAAGGUCACAGAGCUUAUCGGAAUAAGGCAUCGUACUGCGGAACUCCAUACCUCGCUCGGAAACUCAACUUGAUCCUUAUGAUGCACAUUAAGCAAACGCUACCUGACAUCAAGGCCCGGAUUUCCUCAUCUCUCUCGAAAUACUCGACGGAGCUCGCGCAGCUCGGUGAUUCGAUUCUCGGAAACAGCUCGAACAUUAUCAUGAACAUUAUCACAGAAUUCAGCAAUGAGUACCGCACAGUGUUGGAGGGAAACAACACGGAGCUGUCUAGUAUCGAACUGUCUGGUGGUGCUCGUAUCAGCUUUGUGUUCCAUGAGCUGUACUCGAAUGGUAUCAAGGCGGUCGACCCGUUUGACGCGACAAAGGAUAUGGACAUCAGAACCAUGCUCUACAACUCUUCCGGUCCCUCGCCUGCGCUGUUCGUUGGAACCACCGCUUUUGAGCUGAUUGUCACACAGCAGAUCAAGAAGCUUGAAGACCCCAGUUUGAAGUGUGUUUCUUUGAUCUACGAUGAGCUCGUCCGCAUUCUGGGCCAGCUCUUGAACAAGCAGUUGUUCCGGAGAUACCCCAUGCUGAAGGAGAAGUUCCAUGCUGUUGUCAUUUCUUUCUUCAAGAAGUGCAUGGAGCCUACUAACAAGCUCGUCCGGGAUUUGAUCGCUAUGGAAGCAUGCUAUAUCAACACCGGCCACCCUGAUUUCAUCAACGGACAACGCGCUAUGGCUAUCGUCAACGAGCGCCAGGCUAGCAGCAAGCCGGUCCAGGUUGACCCUAAGACGGGCAAGCCUCUCCCUGGCCGCGCGGGCAGCCCCUCUCUGGACACCACCGGAACCGAAUCUGGUGGUUCCGGAUUCUUUGGCAGCUUCUGGGCCUCGAAGAACAAGAAGAAGAUGGCUGCUAUGGAGGCUCCCCCACCGAUCCUCAAGGCCUCGACUACUUUGUCUGAGCGCGAAACCACCGAGGUGGAGGUUAUCAAGCUGCUCGUUACUUCUUACUACAACAUUGUCAAGCGGACUCUGAUCGACAUGGUCCCGAAGGCUGUCAUGUACAACCUUGUUCAAUUCACCAAGGACAAGAUGCAGCGUGAGCUGCUCGAGAUGAUGUACCGCAGCGCCGAGCUUGACGACCUGCUGAAGGAGAGCGACUACACCGUCCGUCGGCGGAAGGAAUGCCAGCAGAUGGUGGAGAGUCUCUCCCGCGCCAGCGAGAUUGUCAGCCAGGUCCAGUAA